CACAGAAUCACAUGGCGUACCUUCAUCAGAGGAGCUGGUGCACGUGUUGAAUGUGAGUGAGGCGCGAUGGGCCGUGGUACACCCUGACGUGGCCCCGGCAGCUGAGGCGGCCUUCUCUCUCCUCCCCCAUGGCACACUGAAGAAGAUGUGGGUCCUGGGGAACGACCCCACCAGACCCUGCAUCGCUCAACUCAUGACCCAUGACCCUCUGCCUCCCUCCACUCAGGCUGAGGGGCUGGACUGGGCCAAGACUGUGGCUCUGUUGCCCACCUCCUCUGGCACGACUGGCCUGCCCAAGGCUGUCAUGGUGACUCACCGUAACUUACUCAUCAACCACCUGAGGAGCCAGUACCAAAGUGUUGUUAACCCAAGCGCCAGUGAGGGGAGAAAGGAGAUAUUUAAGAGUCUCUUGUUGGUGCUGCCUGUGUGUCAUCUCUAUGGCUUCGGUAUAGUUAUGGGACGCCUCUUGGCUGGUGGUACAACCAUCUUCCUCUCAAAAUUCUCACCCAAGAGGUAUUUUGAGGUCAUCCAGGAUUUUAAGGUGACAGCCUCGCCCCUCGUACCUCAUCUCAUUGACCUGGUGGUGAACACACCCCUCCGGCAGCAGUACGACCUCUCUUCUCUCAAGAUCUUCGGCUCCGCGGCUGGCCCGAUCUCAGCAGACUCCGUCACCUCCGUCGUGAGAAAGACUGGACGAUCAAUAGUUAACUCCUACGGUAUGACAGAGUCGUUCUCAGCAGUGACCAUCGGUACACCAGACAUCCUUGCCCUCCACCCUGACUCUGUGGGCAAAGUGGUGCCUUAUAUACAGGUUAAGUUUGUGGAUGUAAGGACUGGAAGGAUGGUGGGUGAGAGACAGGAGGGGGAGGUAUGUGUGCGAGGGCCAAGUAUCAUGCUGGGCUACGCCAACAAUCCCACAGCCACAGCCUCAACUCUCGACCCCUACGGCUGGCUCCACACAGGCGACGUUGGCUACUAUGACCAAGACAACUUCGUCUACCUCACCGGCAGGAUUAAGGACCUUAUUAAAGUCAAGGGAUACCAGGUGUCCCCCGCUGAGCUGGAGAAAGUGUUGUUGCAGUACGAGGGUGUGGAGGAGGCGGCGGUGGUGGGCGUCCCUCACCGUAAGAUGGGCGAGGCGCCACGGGCCUACGUGGUGCCUACAUCAGGCACUGUCCUACACCUGCCACACCUACAGCAGUUCGUCGCUGCUCGAGUCGCCCCCUACAAGCAGUUGGCAGGCGGCAUCAAAGUGGUCGACUCCAUCCCAAGGAACUCCACAGGGAAGAUUCUCAGGAGACAGUUGAAGAAGGACUUUGAGACCCCGGCUGCUAAGCUAUGAGGUCCUUGUGAGGUUCUCUGAGGUCCUUUGGAGAUCCUAUGUGGUCCUUGAUAGGUCUUAUGCGAUUCCUCAGAGGUCCUGGAGUCAUCUGUAGGUCACUGAGAAGUCUGUAGACAAGUCCUAGGGAAAUCCUUAAGUGCAUCCUGGGAGAUUUUUAAUGUGGUCUUGUAUUUACUCUUGUGAAGCCCUUACUGAAGCUUUAUGAAGCUCUUCUGAAUUCCUUAAUAAACCUUUAUGAAACUCU